AUGACAAUGGACCAAGAAGUUAGGAGAAGAGAAGUCGUACGAAGCUCGGACUCCAAUAAAGCGCUGCUGUAUACACUCAAUAAGAAUAAUCGCAACUAUGAUAGACAAUAUGCUUCAAUCUAUACUGCUAGAGCAAAUAAGUUGAAACCACGGCUGAUUGAAAAGUGCUCUGAGAAAUGGAAAGGUGAAAAGAUCAAUGGCAUUCCCGUUAGCCACACAGAGAAGGUCUUGAACAUAUCUUCGAACAAGGCGACCUGGUGUGUUGGCACUGUGUUUUGUGACCUGAAAUACAAACCCAAUAUUCUGAAAGAUGUCAGUGAAAGUAUGUACGGAGGACCAGUGGUCAAAAAAGUAGACGGAACAUACGCUGAUCGAGAAUCCGAUCAACUCAUGCUGGAAGACGAGAGUGGAAGAAUAGCAUUGGAUGGAGAACUAAUUGAUAAGAUUUUAUUAGUCACUGGCUGCAUCGUUGGAGUCUUGGGGAUGGAGAUUAACCCUGGAGUUUUCACAGUGGUUGACAUAGUGUAUCCUGAGCCAGGUCUGCAAAAACCGAGACUCCUUUCCAAUCAUAGAAUAGCCCUAGUUUCAGGACUUGGGAUAAAUGGAGACAACUUGGAUCUUAGUCGGCUGGAAUUACUGAAAGAGUUUCUCACGGGUGAGCUACUGGAGAACCAGGCUCAAGAGUCAUCGAUAGCUAAGCUAAUCAUUGCCGGAAACUCGAUAAAAGUUGGAGAUCUUAAUAAGAUUCACCAAGAUAAGAAAAACAAAUUCAAAGCAACUUAUGCUUCAAACUAUAAUGCCACAGCCGUUAGUCAAUUGGACAAUUUCAUUCACGACGUCAUUCAAACUAUUCCGGUGGAUAUACUCCCUGGUGCUGAAGAUCCCGCUGAAAUCGCUCUACCGCAGCAACCUCUUCAUAAGGCAUUUUUUAAUUCUUCCAGACAGUUCGUAGGGAAUCGACUAAAUACCAAGACUAAUCCUCAAUGGUGGGAUCUUGCGGGCACAGAAAUAUUGGGGACCAGUGGAGAGAAUAUUGAUGAUAUCUUUAAGUAUGUGGUACCAAAUGAUUACCAUGUUGAUGAAGAUGGUUGUGAGAACUCAAGAAUUAAAAUAAUAGAAUCUACAAUAAGGUGGCAACAUAUUUUGCCCACGGCUCCAGACACUCUAUGGUGCUAUCCAUAUCAGGAUGACGAUCCAUUUGUUCUAGAAAGCACACCUCAUGUGUAUUUUGUUGGAAACCAAGCUCGAUUUGAAUCUAAAGAUAUUAUCUUGGAUAAUGGCUUCAAAGUGAAGCUGUUGUCUUUGCCACGAUUCGACCAAACAGGAGAAGUGGUAAUCUUAGAUCUGAACGACCUGUCGACCAACCUCGUUUCAUUUAGUGUCUAA